UCGAAAGUGAUUGAGAGAGCCCGUAAGAGAGUUGCGGACAAAGUAUCGGGUCCAGUGUACGCAGGGCCAGGCCCGGGGGAAUUGUCGAUCAACAAUUGUGCAGUAAGGCUUCAGCAAAAAGUCAUGAGUGUUCUUCGUACUCUCGAUUCUGGAGUGAUCGCGCUUGAACCGGACGUAUUUCUAAACGGGUAUUGGGCAACACAACCAGACGUUCACACCGGUCGGCGCAGGGAGUUGCUUACCGAUCUACUACACGAACACCUGUUGACGCACAACCAAAUCACUUCGGCUGACACCGUACAAGUGUAUCGCAUAACAGGAGAAGUAGUAGACACCCCACGCGACAGUGUAACGGCUACCCACUGGCUGCGUCUCAUUGUGCGUGAACAUGCCUUGACGGGGGGUGCGGUUGAGUACGCUAAUGCCGCGUUGCAGGCUAUGAUGCUCGGUACGCCCGAAUCCAUGCCCACCGCCGCAGCCCGCGUUUUAGCAGCCUUUCGCGCCACAUUGGUAGAUCCUGACCGGCCCCACAUCACUGAACAGCGGUUUUUCUGGCGGUAUAUCUCGGCAGUGCAGAUGAUAGCCUUGUUCGAACGCGUCACCGAGGUACUCUUGCCGAAUCCGGUUGACAGAGCCGGGGUCAACGGGCUGCUACAUGAACGCAUACAUUCUGUCAGCACCACCCUACAGAAGUUGCGUCAAGAGUCGCACCACCCCAUGGGGGACCACAUGAGCCACCGUGGCAAGGUAGCUGAGAGCCUGUUCCGCGAGUUUGUAGCCGUUUUGAGCGCGCGUUCGAAGCCAUACAUGACCCCGACGACGCCCCGCAAACCGACCCGCGCGGGCGGGCAGGAUCGCCUCUGUGCGGCUAACCCUACGCCUCGCCACCUGUCGAUGCCCGAAUAUCGACAGCUGUUCACCGCAGAUGGCUUGGCGUCGUACAACUCGAGUAUACCACUCACCGUGUCGGGAGGCAGCGCGCCCCUCCGGCCGCCGCCUCCCACUUGGCUAAACUCUGUUGCCGCCGUAGCGCCGCCCGUUGCUGCCCCAGAGUCCCCUUCGUCGGUUGCCGUGGCAGCGUUCCAGAACCACAAGGCCAGCACGCCCGGCCAGCACGGUGUUCCUUUCACCGCCAAAGCACCGUCAUCGACGGCCGCACCAGCGACAACGCCACCAACGGCCGCCACCACGGCCACCGCUGUGACACACCCGCCGGUGACUGCGCCCCGGUCCGUGAUCCUCGACCACCUCAUGGAACAUGGGAUCUGCUACGCCCACGUGUUCUCGGCGUGCCGUCGACAAGGCCGUUUCAGAUGGCGACACGACCUACUGCCAUCGUCAUUCUACAAGGACGUACCACGCCCGGCGAGCCGUGCGGCUACUCACACGCGCCGCGUCGUAGCCGCGCUGACGCCCGCCCAUUACGACACGGCCGUCGCCAUGGGACUCGAGCUUCACGUGUCGGGCGAGCAUCAGGUGGCGAUGAUGGCAGGGGACAUCCCGCUGGGACCUCGGAGUGACGCCGAGAUGUGAAACGAGGACCCGGGUCUCGCCAACCCGGGGCACCUUGGGUCCGCGAAGGCGGAGCACUGCACCGGCGAUCAGUUGUGGAUACGUGGUGAGAUCGGACGAGUUGGGCGUAGACG